AUGACAAAUCGUAAGUUUAUUACUGUUAUUUUUUCAUAUUGGUGGUUUUUUAAAAAUAUACAUGCUUUUCUUGAGCUGUAGAGAAAGUUCUUGUCAUUUUUUGUUUUGUAAAGAAAGUUCUUGCUAUUUUCUGUUUUGUAAAGAAAGUUCUUGCUAUUUUCUGUUUUGUAAAGAAAGUUUUUGCCAUUUUUUGUUUUAUAAAGCAAGUUCUUGCUAUUUGAAUAAUAAAAAUCGAAAUUUUAUGUUCUGCAGCUUGCGAGUGACAAGUUAUACGAUGAUUGCUAGUUAUGCUUUUCAAAUGCUUUUUUUAAAAUAUAUUUUUUUAUGUAUUGUAAAGAAAGUUUUCGCAUUUUUACCAACUUUUUUCUUGCAGUUUGAAAUUUUUUUUAAAAUUUUUUUUAGUUCCGGACGUCACAUGUAGCACAUUAUCGUUGCCGGCUCAAAAAAGUACGUCCAAGCAGACGAUUAACAUGGUCUUCACGAUCGAUGGAGUCGAAACCUUGAUCGACUACAACUUGACCAUCAAAUCAUUAAAUCAGAAGCCAUUCGUUCAAGUCCAAGCCAUUUCCGUCGAUGGAGAAGAUGUUGUCAUCAAUGAACCCAACUUGUAUCGUGUCAGAGUGACAGAUUAUCGUGUACGAUGCCCGAAUCAAAACUAA